AUGAGGAACAUAGGAUCAAUCAUUUUCCGUUUGUGUUCUGGUUUUGCAGAUACGUUAAAAGGCUCGUUUUAUGCAAAUCCAAUAUUGGAUAGCCCUACGACAGAUAAAUCUCUAAUUCAAAGGUAUCCCUCAUACUGUGGUUCAAUUAUAUGGCCCAAUAGUGAAUUGCCAGAACUAGAAGUCGCCUUCAAAGCUCUUGGAAAGGUGAUCCUUGGAGUUGGGCUUAUGGUCGCAUAUCACUGUGACAGAUACGAAAGGAUAAAGAAUGCUUUGGGCCCGAACGUUGAGGAGUUGAGUGUGUGACGGAGUGGCAUGUGAAACUAAGUUAAAUGAAACUACAUGAGGAGAAAGCACUUUCACUUGGACGCUUUUAGUGCUUUUGUACUGCGUUCUAUAUGGCCAGUUCUGAACUAACAUUCUGAUUGUAGUUAUUUGCGUGGACUUGUUGGAGGAAUAUGAUUAUGCUUUCGGUUUCUGAAUAUCCAUAGUUUGAUGCACUACUCUCUGAUUAUCCAAUUAAACCCAAACUUAAAACCAUUCGAAAAUAUACAGAAUAGUAUUAGCCAAAAUGGCGUUAA